AGAGAACCGCUCUGCCUCCAUUCAGCGUGGGCUCUGAGAGGCUGUCUGUCACUUACAGACUGGAGGUACUGUAAACAGGUCAUGCUGCUCUGAAAUAGUGGAGUCACUGAACACUGACUACCUGAUAUGGAUGAGGUCAGAGUGAAUACCUUUACCUUUCUACUGGGGUCAUUCUGACCUGGUUUGGGAGUGGAGUACGAGGAAGACAAAAGAGAAAAAGAGACUAAUACUUAGAGAAAGAGAUUGAAAAGGAGAGCGAGAGAGAGGGUGAAGAAGAGGAGGGAGACAUAGGAAUUGAAAGGGAGAGGAAGAGUAGAGAGAGGGAGAAAGGAGGAGAGGUAAAGGAAGCAGUGAAGGCAUUAAGAGAGAGAGAGAGAGGAACAGCGAGAUAAACAAGGAGAGAGAGACAGAAAGCUCACCUGGAGGAGAGGUAAAGGAUUAGCAUCAUAUUGAAGAGGAGAGUGACUGUGUGGAUGUCCUUCUGGUGCUGGAGAGACACCAUAUCUGGGAGACGACUGAGAUACCAGCUGAGAGCCCACGGUAAAUAAUAAUGGAGCCACAGAGAGACAAUUCCCUAUCUAUCGCCUCACUGUAACAUAAAGAGACAGCCACUCAAAAUGGACGUCAAGGACCUCCAGAUCAAAAACUCCACGUUCGAAAGCAACACAUCAGACAUUCAGCCCGUCCCACACAACCUAUGGGAGGUCAUCACCAUAGCGACCGUAUCAGCCAUCGUCAGCCUGAUAACAGUUGUAGGCAAUGUUCUUGUGAUGCUGUCGUUCAAGGUCAACAGUCAACUAAAGACAGUCAACAACUACUACCUUCUCAGCUUAGCCUUCGCUGACCUCAUAAUAGGAGUCCUGUCCAUGAACUUAUACACCUCAUACAUCCUAAUGGGCUAUUGGUCCUUAGGGAACCUAGCCUGUGACCUCUGGUUAGCCAUGGAUUACGUGGCCAGCAAUGCCUCCGUUAUGAACUUGUUAGUCAUCAGUUUCGACAGGUACUUCUCCAUCACAAGGCCGCUGACCUAUAGAGCCAAGAGGACGCCGAAGAGGGCGGCUAUUAUGAUUGGUCUAGCGUGGCUAGUGUCGUUUGUCCUCUGGGCACCGCCUAUUCUGUGCUGGCAGUACUUUGUCGGAGGUCGGACUGUCCCGGCAGACCAAUGCCAGAUCCAGUUCUUCUCCGAGCCGGUGAUUACGUUCGGCACGGCCAUCGCAGCAUUCUACAUCCCUGUCUCCAUCAUGACCUUCCUCUACUGUAAGAUCUACAAGGAGACAGAGAAACGCACCAAGGACCUGGCUGAGCUGCAGGGCCUCACCACAUCUGGUCACCCAGAGACUGCUAAUAAACCCCAGAAAACAGUUCUGUUGCGGUCCUGUUUCAGCUCCAGCAACGACAGGAGGGACAGGAGGAACCAGGCCUCGUGGUCCUCGUCCAAUCAGAGUAACGUCACCAAGACCACGACCCGGUCGGACGAGUUGGCCUGGGCCCGGGCCGACCAGGUCAUAUCCUUCAACAGCUACACCUCAUCUGAAGAGGAGACUCAUCAUCCUGUUUCCGCUGCAACUUCCCAGGGGUCGUCCAAAGGUCAAGGUCAGACUGAAAACGGACAGGCGCCCGCUGGUUAUGGUGAUGAUGAAGAAAGCGAGUACUUUCCGACCGCCACCCCACCUCCGAAAAAACCCAGCAAGAAGGGAAUCUCCUACAAGUUCAAACCGGUCUCGAAGGAUACCAGCAGCCCUCAGAAUGACAAAAAACCCAACACAGACCCUAAAACAGCCCUUCCGUGUCUCUCUGAGUCUGACCAGACAGGAGGACAGAACCAACACCAGAACUCUUCUCCAUCAUCCUCCACCACCACCACAACCACCACCAAGCCCAUGGACCCCGUCCUGAAGAGCCAGAUCACCAAGAGGAAGAGGAUGGUCCUCAUCAAGGAGAAGAAGGCUGCCCAGACCCUCAGUGCCAUCCUCCUGGCCUUCAUCCUAACAUGGACGCCGUACAACAUCAUGGUGCUCAUCUCCACCUUCUGUUCUGACUGUAUCCCUGUGUCUCUCUGGCACCUGGGCUACUGGCUCUGCUAUGUCAACAGCACCAUUAACCCCAUGUGUUAUGCGUUGUGUAAUAAGACUUUUCAGAAGACCUUUAAGAUGCUGUUGAUGUGUCAGUGGAGGAAGAAGAGAGGGGAGGAUAAGCUGUACUGGUGUGGACAGAACCCGGCAAUCAACAGCAAGAUGACAUGAUGUGGUGCGGAAUAGAGAAUAUAUAUAUAUUUGGGCAUUCAGCAGCAGACCCCUUUUGUUUAUCCAAACACUACUCUCUGUACAGUAAGCAGAUAUGUUCAGCCAUAUAUGGGUUUAAUACCCAUAUGGGUAUUAAACCCACAACUGGUGUUGCUAGUGCCAAGCACUAAUCAACGGAGCACAGUUGACCCAACGUUAUGAACCGUAAAACUGGCAUAGUGUUUGAGCAGUGUCUGGUGAAUACAUUUGUGCUUUUAUCAAAUUAUAAAAAGUUGCACAUGAAAUGGAGGCUUUCGAAACUCAUCAUUUGUCAUGUACCCCAGGGUUUCCCAAACUUGGCCCGGGAGCCCCCCCCACUACACGGCUGAUUUAAAUAAUCACAAUAAUCACUGUGAUUCUCAUGGAAUGUACAUAUUGAAGUAUGUUUGUUGUAUUGUAUAAAGAAAAGCAUUUUCCUCCAGUUUUUGUAAAUAUUUUACUUACAGUUGUAUGUAACGUACUUUGCCUUGUGCAUUUCUAGUAGUUAAAUAUUUAUAAUCGUAAUUCAUUCAUUUUAGUCGUGUUCUUUCAGUUAAAGUAGAUUGAUCUUGCAUCCAAGGGCUAAUAUUAUACAAUGUUUACAGGUUGUUAUGCUGGUCUGCAGUUUCAAUAUAACGCCAAUUAGAAGCCUUCGUGGAGAUUGUACACGCCCACUCAUCGCGAACACACACAUUACCAUCAUUCCUCUUACCUCUGUAAGCAGAGCCAGAGGUGAAUCACAUUAUACAACGUACGUGCAUGUAAACCACAGGAGGUUAGUGGCACGUUAAUUGGGGAGGACGGGCUUGGUUUCCAUGGUUUCCAGGUGUUUGAUUCCAUUGGCUGCAUUCCAGCCAUUAUUAUGAGCUGUUCUCCCCUCAGCAGCCUCCACUGAUGUAAACACAUCCCAACCCAAAAUAACAUCCUCCUACAACUAUUACAUUUCAUAUAGUCAUUGCCCCUACUGUAAAACGUGGACACUGGACACAGCAUAUCUAACUGUGAGACGCUCACUCCUCACCUGCAGUACCUUAAGUACCCAUGAGGUUGCGUUAGGUUUUGAAGCUGUAUACUAUUGCAAAAAACAUACGUUCUUUCUAAUGUUAAAUGUUUCCUCUAUGAGUUCUGUGCCUUGUGUUUGCGAUCAGAGGACAUGAUGGCGCUGACAUUGUGAUUGGAUCUAUGUUUCUCUUGCUCUCUACUGUAUAGUAUGCUGCUUGUGUCCCUUUGAUCUGAUCAGUGAAAUAAUACCAAUUGAAAAAUAUCA